GCCAGAAAACCCGAAAGAUGAUUACGGCCAUCGCCGCCGUUAGUGCUCGCUUCGCCGCCUGGCUCCCCGGCGGCAGCACAAAGGCCGGCCCUUCCUUGCCCCAAUUUUUGAAAUUUUCUCCUUCCCCUUCGCCUCCUCCAUUGUCUAGAGGGAGGUGUGGGGAAGCCCUAGCUCAGAGAGUGGGAAGCGGGACCCUUAACGAUGUAUUAGUGCAAAGGAUUGGGGACAAGAGUGUGGCUGAUGCAGUUAUAAACAUUCUUGAGAUGGCAAGCAGAGCUUCAUUAAGAAGAGAGAUCCUACAGACGGACUUUCUAACCCCACCAGUUCUCAAAGAAUCAAUUUCUGCUCUAGAGAAAUUAACUGAUGUCAAAGCAGUAGCUCAUGGAGGAUAUCCACAGGCUGAACGUUGUCGCAUUUCUAUUGGAAAUACAGAAAUCUUUACAACCGAACCAGAUGUGGUUGCUGCUCUGAGUAUCUCUGGGAACUUCGAGUUUGAACUUUGUUCUCAUGGAGAUUUUCUUGGCUCAAUAAUUGGCACAGGGAUUGUUAGAGAAAAGGUUGGAGAUAUAUUACUGCAGGGGAAAAGGGGAGCCCAAGUAGUUGUUGUGCCUGAACUCACCGAAUUUCUUAUAUCAGCCUUGAAUAAGGUUGGUAAUGUUCCUGUCUCAUGUCAACAGAUUCCCUUGUUUGCAUUAGAGUAUGAGCCACCAAGAACUAAAUCGUCUACAACGGUUGAAGCAUCAUUGCGGGUUGAUGCAAUAGCUAGUGCUGGAUUUAAUAUAUCAAGAUCCAAACUUGUUAGCUUAAUCAGUAAUGGAGAUGUGCGACUAAACUGGUCUCCGGUGAUGAAAAAUGGCACCAUACUCAGGACAGGAGAUAUUGUUUCUGUAAGUGGGAAAGGAAGGCUAAAGAUUGGGGAAAUCAAAACCACAAGGAAAGGAAAAUUCUCAGUGGAAUUGAUCAGAUAUUUGUAACCCUAAACCCUAUAUGAAUGUGAAUCCCUCAUGAAAUCAAAAUGGUUGGUUUUUGCAUCAUCUAAUCAGAGUCAAAUGUUGUGAAUAUAAGCAGAAAUGUACAGAGUUGGCUGAAGAGUUUCAGCUUCUUUGGGAUAUUUAAUGUAAGAAUUGAAGGAAAAUGAAGAAUUAGUCUUAGUAAUUUAGUUUA